AUGGCACGAGGAUCACGUGGGGGAAGGCACGCUGCUAUAGAUGGUGAGUAUGAACGCGAUGAGAUUGCACGCAAUACACAACUAGAGGCUCGCUGUCAGCGGAUGGAAGAGCAGUUUGAAGCGCUAACAAAGCAGCUUGCUGCCUUAGCCGUUGUUAACCAACCUCGAAACCGUAGUCCAACUCUACGUUUUGUGGAGGAAGAUGAGGUAGACUAUAAUGUUGAGGAUGAGAUGGAAAAUCCGUUUGCUAGACAUAGAAGGAGGAGGGAGAAACCCUUGGUUUCAUACAAUUCAAACAGAUGGGAAUCUGGGUUCAAAUUAGAUAUUCCAGAGUUCAAAGGUUGUUUACAACCUGAAGAAUUCCUAGAUUGGGUAGCUGCGGUUGAAGAAAUUUUGGAGUUUAAGGAGGUGCCGCAAGACAAAAGAGUUUCUUUGGUGGCGACCAAAUUCAGAGGACAUGCUGCUGCAUGGUGGCAACAAUUAAAGCAAAGUCAUAUUCGCCAAUCUAUAGAUGACUAUACUCGAGAGUUUUAUCAACUCAUAGCUAGAGUUGACCUUGCAGAUUCGGAAGAUCAAUUAGUUUCACGUUAUAUUGGAGGCAUGAGGCAACAAUUUCAAGAUACUUUGAAUUUAUUUGACCCAAUUUCUGUAUCUGAAGCCCAUCAGAGAGCUUUGCAUUUAGAGAAGACGAUGAAUAGGAGGACUAACAUGGUUUCAAAUAGUAGUGGCAACCGACUACCACCAGUAGCUCCUCCUUAUGGUGCAAUUACACAAUCUACACAAGGAAAAUGCCAAGUUAAUCAAGCUAAUCCACAACCCAACCGCACUGCAGUUAGUAGUUCUGGCUCUCGAUGUUUCAAGUGUGGUGAGGCAGGGCAUAGAAUGGCUGAUUGCAAGAAGGGUGGCCGAUAUGGUAAGGGUUUAUUUAUUGAGAGUAAAGAAUGUACUGAUAAUCAUUUAAAUACCUUUGAGCAAGAAGCUGUUUAUGAUGCUGAAGAGGAAGAGGAGUAUGUGCAGAGGGAUGAUGGCCCUUUGUUAGUUACAAGAAGGGCGUGUUUCACACCUCGCAAAUCUGAAGGUGAGGAUUGGCUCCGAAGCAAUAUCUUUCAAACUACAUGUACUAUGGGGGGCAAGGUAUGUAGACUUGUUAUUGAUUCUAGAAGUUGUGAGAAUGUGGUAUCAGAAGAGGCUGUUCAAAAAUUGGGAUUAGCAACAGAGAAGCACCCUAACCCUUACAAACUAUCUUGGCUCAAAAGGGGCAAUGAGGUAACUGUAUCUAAACGUUGUUUGGUUUCUUUUUCUAUUGAGUUGAAAUAUAAGGAUAAUGCAUGGUGUGAUGUGGUAGUUAUGGAUGCAUGUCAUCUUCUCCUUGGUAGACCAUGGCAAUAUGAUAGAGAGGUUCAACAUGAUGGUAAGAAGAAUACAUACAGUUUCAUGUUUGGUAGCACAAAAAUUGUGUUGUUGCCUUGUAAGGAGAUUGAACCUAAGCCAAUUUCAAGAUGGGGUAAGAAUCUCUUAGCUAAAAGGGCAUUUGUUGAAGAGAUGUUUGAUUCAGGGUUGGUGUUUGUAUUAUUGGGAAAGGAGAGCUCAAAGGGUAGUGUAGUACCAGAGGCUGUGCAAUCUUUAUUAGAUGAAUUUGCAAACGUAUUUCCUAGUGAUCUACCUGAGGGGUUACCGCCACUCCGAGACAUACAACACCAAAUUGAUCUUGUACCAGGUUCUAAUCUACCUAAUCGCCCACACUACCGUAUGAGCCCAAAAGAGCAUGAAGAACUUAGAAGACAAGUAGAGGGUUCGUUGUUAAAAGGGCACAUUAGAGAGAGUCUUAGUCCCUAUGCCGUGCCAGCCUUACUAACACCCAAAAAGGAUGGAUCAUGGCAAAUGUGUGUCGACAGUCGUGCCAUCAACAAAAUUACAGUCCGGUAUAGAUUCCCUAUUCCUCGAUUGGAUGAUUUGCUUGAUCAGUUGAGUGGUGCUACAGUGUUUUCUAAGUUGGAUCUAAAAAGUGGGUACCAUCAAAUUCGAGUACGUCCUGGUGAUGAAUGGAAGACAGCAUUCAAGACACGUGAGGGGUUGUAUGAGUGGCUAGUAAUGCCAUUCGGACUUUCUAAUGCUCCUAGCACCUUCAUGCGUGUUAUGAACCAGAUUUUUUGCCCCUUCAUCGGCAAGUUUGUUGUAGUUUAUUUUGAUGAUAUCCUGAUAUAG